GCCCCUGGCACGCGUGGAAUAAAAGGCCGGCUGCGAUCCUGUCAUGUUGGGUUGAUUGAUGUGGGAUAUCAUAUUCUCUCUUUAAUGCUCGCUUCUGACCACAAUAAUUCAUUCCUUUGUUGAUUGCCUGAGUUGACUCCUUAUCGUUAUGCAUCUUCGAUCCUUCCUGCUGGGCUCUGCCCUGGCCUCAUCCACUCUCGCUUUCGGCAUCAACGAUUUCUCCUGUCGCAGCGAAAAACACCCGAACCCCGUGGUCCUGCUGCAUGGCCUCGGUGCCACCUUCUACGAGGACCUGAACUUCCUGCAAUACUGGCUGCAGGCGCAGGGCUACUGCACAUUCGCUCAGACCUACGGCGACUACGACGGCUUCCCGUUCCUCGGAGGACUGAAGGCGAUCGCCGAAUCGGCGACCGAGAUCGCAGAUUACAUCCACGAGGUGGCGGAGAAGACGGGCGCCGACAAGGUAGAUCUGGUCGGCCAUUCCGAAGGCGCCUUCCAGACGGUGUACGUGCCGAAGUUCACAGACGGAACGUCGGAGCUAUUGGAUAAGCUGGUGGCGAUCGCGCCGCCGACCCGGGGGACGAAUUUCGGCGGCAUCUAUAACCUGGCCUAUGCGUUUGGGAAUCACUCGCGAGAGGCGGUCGGCGAGGUCCUGAAGACAGUGGGCUGUGCGGCCUGCGACGAUCUGGGUCCCGACGGGGACGCCGUGGAUAAGCUGAACGACGGCGAGCCCAUCGUGCAGGCCGGAAACAAGUUGACAGUGAUUGCGUCGAAACUGGAUGAAAUGGUGACCCCGACGUCGACCUCCUUUGUGCAUGAGGAUGGCGUCAACAAUGUCUGGGUCCAGGAUGAUUGCAAGUUGGACCCCGUCGGCCACAUCGGCGAGGCGUAUGAUCUGAAUGUCUGGAACCUGGUUAAGAAUGCGUUGGACGACACGCCGAAGCGCAAGUUCUUCUGCGUCUUGGGGUCUCCCGGGAAAUAAAGAGAUCGUCUUGAAAUUGUAUUGCAUUCUUUCUUUUCUCUUUCGGGACAUGAAAUCAUCUGCAUCGUGCAUGGCUAUCAUAUCAUAAUGUAUAAUUAUAUUAAUCAG